AUGUCGGACGCCUCCUCGUGCCGCCUGCCGCGCGACUUGGGCAUCUUUGACUUCUUCCGCAGCCGCUCGUUGUCGCUGGGCCGUCGCGAGUCGCACCGCCCGACCUCCCGCGCGCCCGUGCGCGAGCCAAAGCCCGCGCGGCACUCGAUCGCCGCGUCGUCGUCGAUGCCGCCGCCGCGCGCACCCGCUGCGGAGCUCCUGGACGUCUCGCAGACAGCAGCGGCCUCGUGCUCGGCGUUCGUGCCGCCGCUGUCGGAGAUUGCGCACGCGACUGCGACUUCGGUCGACUCGCUCAGCACGAACGACCACUUGAGCGACGACGACAGCGACAGCGACAGUGACACUGGGACGGCCUCGACGGGCGACUGCAAUAGCGAAAGCAGCUGCAGCAGCAGCGCCCUGGGCAGUGCGAUCGUCAAGUACGAAGUCGUGCACGAGCUCGGCCGAGGGGCGACGGCUGUCGUGCAGCUCGCUCGGCAGCGCGACGGAGAGGAGUUGGUGGCGCUCAAGGUGUUCAAGACGUCGCUGCUCAAGAAGAUGCGCGACGUGAAGCGCGUUGGGCGGCGGAUGGUCGUGUCGACGGCGCUGGACAAGGUGCAGAUGGAAAUCGCCAUCAUGAAGAAGCUCCACCACCCGAAUCUGUUGAACUUGUUGGAAGUGUUUGACGACGAUGCCGAGACGCUCGUGCUGAUGUUGGAGUAUGCGCCGUCGGGACAAGUGAUGCAGUGGUACCCUGACGAGAAGGUGUACAAGAAGACUGGCGGCCAGCGCGAAGCUGCUUGCUUUCGUGAAGACGAGCUACGCGUGUGUGUGCGACAGCUGCUGCUGGGGCUGCAGUACCUGCACGAGAACAACAUUUGCCAUCGCGACCUCAAGCCGGAGAACAUCCUCGUGGGCCAGGACGGCACGUACAAAAUCUCAGACUUUGGCGUCGCGCACUUUUUCGAGGAAGAAGACCGAGCAGCCAAGCUACAGUCUUCUUGUGGCGAGGCGUCUGUAGCGGCAUCAAAGCCGCAUCGGAAGGGUUACGUCUCGACAACCGCCGGCACCUAUGCGUUCAUGGGCCCGGAGACGCUCAAAGGGGGCGAGUACAGUGCCUAUGCAGCCGACAUUUGGGCGCUGGGCGUUACGGUCCACGCCCUGGCGCUUGGCGCGAUUCCGUUCUACGAUCCAGACGUUGUGACGCUCUUCGAGAUGAUUGAGAGCAGUCCAGUGGCGCUGGAAGAGAAGGCAGGAGACACCGGCCUUGGCGAAGGGCUGGUCGAGCUGCUAAACGGUUUGCUGGAGAAGGACCCCGACAAGCGCUGGUCGCUGCAGAAGUGCAAGGAGCAUGCGUGGGUGCUACAAGGCCUGUCGGAUAAAGAGCGGAAGGAGUACGUCGAGACAUGUUACGAGGCGGUCACGGUGGGACCAGACGAGCUCGCGUGUGCCGUCACACGCGUGGUAUCGCUGAACGUGAUCCUGCGCGUCAAACUGGGCGCCAACAAGUGGAAGCGCAGGGCGAUGCAGACACUCAAGGAGCGGCGGCGGUCGCUGGAAACGGGCCACAAGGACAGCGACAAGUCGGACGCGUCUCGGCCGUUGGGCUCGUCAGUCCACCCGCAAUCGCCUAAACCGAUCGAGAAAAAAGAGGACCAGGCGUCGACUACGGCCGCUGAAGUCUCCAGCGCUCAGCUCGCCAUUUAG